AUGGAGAAAAAGCCAUGCAACUCUCAGCAAGCUGAAGUGAGAAAGGGGCCAUGGACAAUGGAAGAAGACUUGAUUCUCAUCAACUAUAUUGCCAACCACGGUGAAGGUGUAUGGAACUCUCUUGCUAAAUCUGCAGGUUUAAAACGUACCGGAAAGAGUUGCCGGUUGCGGUGGCUAAACUACUUGCGCCCGGAUGUCCGACGAGGAAAUAUAACACCAGAAGAGCAGCUGUUGAUCAUGGAACUCCAUGCUAAGUGGGGAAACAGGUGGUCAAAAAUUGCAAAGCAUCUACCGGGAAGGACAGAUAACGAGAUAAAGAAUUAUUGGAGAACUAGAAUCCAGAAACACAUUAAGCAAGCAGAAAAUUUCUCAGCACAAAACUCUGAUCAGGUAAAUGAACAAGCCAGUUCAGCAAGUCAAGUUUCUGGCACAGUUGAAACAAUGGAAACUUAUUCACCUCCUUCAUAUCAACCAAGCAUGGAAGCUUUUCCACCAGUACUACCUUUACCUUCUGAAUCAAAUGAAAACUACUGGAGUAUAGAGGAUCUUUGGUCCAUGCAUCUACUUAAUGGUGAUUAA